AUGUGCAGGGAGGAAGGGGUGGACCGUAGAGACCUGUAUGUAGAAGGGGUGGACCGUAGAGACCUGUAUGUAGAAGGGGUGGACCACUCCCACUUGAGCCACUUGCCUGAGUCAAACUGGACAGCCCCCCAGGAAUUUGUCAUCCUAGGCUUCUCCAAUUGGCCCCAGGGCCUCCGUGUGCUUCUGUUUGCCCUCCUGCUGCCACUGUACCUGGCCACCCUGGCAGGGAACCUGCUCAUCCUGGGCCUAGCCGUGGCCGAGCCCACCCUACACACCCCCAUGUACUUCUUCCUGGGUUCGCUGUCGGCCGUGGAGGUGGCCUACACGCUCGUGCUCACACCCCGCAUGCUGGCCGGCUUCCUCCUGCCACCGGGGGGCCAGGCCCUGGCGCCCUCCACCUGCGCCGCGCAGAUGGGCCUCUUUGUGGCCCUCGGUGGCUCUGAGUGUCUGCUGCUGGCCGCCAUGGCCUUGGACCGGUAUCUGGCCAUCUGCCGCCCUCUUUACUAUCCCCAGCUCAUGACCACAGGGCUCUGCUGGGGCCUCCUGGCCUCUUGCUGUCUGGGUGGCACAGUCCUGGCCUUGGGCCUCACCACUGCCAUCUUCCAGCUGCCCUUCUGCAGGGGUGGCCUGGUCAACCACGUCUUCUGCGACCUCCCAGCCGUGCUGGUACUGGCCUGCGGGAGCCGCGCCCUGCAGGAGCGCGCGCUGCUGGCCGCCUGCCUGCUGCUGCUCGUGCUGCCCCUGCUGCUGAUGCUGCUCUCCUACACCAGGGUCCUCGUGGUCAUCCUGGGGCUGGGGGACGGCGCAGGCCGCCGCAAGGCCUUCAACACCGUGGCGUCCCAUCUCACCGUGGCUGUGCUCCACUACGGCUGUGCCACAGCCAUGUACGCCAGACCCCUGAGCAGCCGCUCCCUGGAGGAAGACAAGCUGGUGUCGCUCAUCUACAUCAUCCUCACGCCGCUGCUGUACCCGGCCAUCUAUACCCUCCGCAACCGGGACAUGCAGGGCGCCCUCCAACGCGUGCUGAGCCGGAGGACGCCGGGGGUGGCCCGCCAGGACGGCUCCGUCUGA